CCUAUCAAAAUUGUCGACGACUAUAACUGUUGAACUAAAAUCUCGUCAGGACAUUUCAGUGCGGUAUUUACAUUCGAAACGUUCCAAACAAUAAUGCUUCCAAAACGGAAAAUGUUGACAGUUAACAAAAAAUACGAAGUCCUUGAGAUGAUAGAUAAAGAGAGACUUCUUCGCCAGUGGUACAUACGAUGUAUAGCAAAAGGCAUAAAAUUAACAGGAACAAUAAUAAGCGAAAAAGCUCAGGAACUUAAUAAACAAUUAAAAAAAAAUAGUACUUUUACAGCCAGUCUCCGUUGGGUGAUAAAGUUUAGAGAACGUCACAAUUUGCGUAAAGCAGAUAUGAAGGAAAAUUUAAAAAUACCAAAUGAAGCCGCGGUGGAUACCUUCAAAGCUGAGUUUAAUAAGUUUAUGCAAAAGGAGGGGUACAAAUUGGAGAACGUUUACAAUACCGAUAGCACAACACUAAUGUGGAAAAAAGCACCACAAAAUACUCUGUCGCAAUCAAGCAGAAGACUGUACAAAAAACAAGUUACUAUAUUUCUCUGUGCAAAUGCUACCGGAUGUCACAAGCCGCCGACACUAAUAGUCGAGACGAUUAAGAAAACUCAAACUACCAGUAGUUCUUACACAAGUGAUCCGCCAAUUAUGUACAUAACUAGCAAGAAACCUUACAUUGACAGUGACACAUUUAAUGAAUGGUUCAAUGAAUGUUUCUUAAAAUCAGUUAUAGAAAGACAACAGAGAAAUGGACACAGAGAGAAAACUCUGUUGCUGCUAAAUAACGCUGGCUUGGAUCACGAAAGCACGAUAAUAAGUACAAGAGAUGAAUUUGUUAAAAUCAUGCACUUUUCAUAUGACGCUGCACCGCUCAUACAACCAAUGGAUCAUGGAAUAAUCGCAUGUUUCAAGCGAAUGUACCAAAAAAAAUUGCUGGAAUCAUUAAUGGAAAAAUGUAAGAACGUUUCAAGUAAAGAAUUUAAACGCAUCUAUUCCCAAUUAAAUAUGAACGAUUUCUGUCGUAUGGUAUAUAAUGCUUGGUUAAAAGUCGAGAGUCCAAUAGUCAAAAACGCGUGGGACAAGCUUUUGAAGAAUAAAAGCCAACAGAGUUCGGAAAGGUCCGAAAUAAUAAAAAAAAACAUAGAACUUGGAAAGCUGAAUACAUUACCAGGAUGCGGAGAGUGCAGCAGUACCAGUGUGAUGAAUUGCUUUGAAACUGAUAAAGAACAUAAUACCGGCACACAAGACGAUAUCCAGAAUAUUCUUCUAGAUUUUAUAAACACAGUUAUGGAUACAGGAACGAACGAACUUAUUGAGGAGAACUUUGAAGAUAUACUUUAUGAUAGCGCUCCAUAAAAGGACUAGAUCGUUUGAACUACAAAAUGAGAGUAACUCGGAAAAACUACUUAUAUUAAGACAUAUACAUUAAAAAAUAUAUUAAAAAAUAUAAUACGUUUUAGUGAGAAGUAAGGUAUGAAACGGGUAAGAUUUUAUGUAGCGUCUAAUUGUUUGUUUGUACCAUUUGGUUUGAAAUAUAUGUCAUUGGGUAUACGAAAA